UUUACACAUUGGUUGCCACAAACCGCCUGUUCACUGAUCCAAAAUCGCAGCACAAAAGUAUCAUCAUGCCGUCAGCUUCUGAAAAGGCGAGAGCAAAGCUCGAUGCGGUGUUGAACGACCCGGGACGAUUUGAUUGUACCCAACGGUCGAAUCGCAUAGCGACGACACGAUAUGCUACAGGCUGUGGCGUAGUCAACUCUGUUCCGCGUCGCCCCAGCCAGAGUAGCAUAGAAGGCGAUUCAGGCGGCGUCAGGAACAGACUGAAACGCCUCAUGUCCCUACCCGCGUACUAAAACGAAAAGAAAAGUCGCCGGAGGAAUAUUCUUGGAAGGUUAACAAUCUCGAUGGUUGUGAACAGUUUCAUAUGUCCUAGUCGUGCCGUCGAGCAAAGGUUGCCCGUCUAUUGGCACGUUCGUACUUUAUCUCGUGCCUCUAUGGCAAAAUUGGAAGAUGUACAAAUCUCUUGACCUGAAUAUCUCUCCGAAGAGCAUUAAGGAUUUGUUGUUGUCCAUCUCUGUAGCAGACAUGUUAGAUACAAUGAACUCUUAUUCGUGAAAACAUCCAUACACUUUGGAUACCUAUAUACUACUUGGAGA